AUGCGGGGAAGACAGUUCCCAGUGCUAUUCGGCAUUAGCGGAGGCUCGGUGGCUCGUACCCGGGUAAUGCAGACGAUAGGUUGUGGGAUGCAGUGCGGGAACAUCGAUGUUGGCAAUAAUCGUCGACGACCAAACUUCUACUUAGCACAAGUGAAAGAAUUCACUCAUGCUGGUUGGCCUGCAACUAUUCAGGAACUUCCAAACGAUUUGCGCCCAUUCUGGCCAUUUCGUGAUGAACUAGGCAUGUCUGGAGGUGUCCUCUUCAAAGGCAGGCAGGUGAUCAUUCCCCAAUCUAUGAGACAAGAUAUCCUUCAGCAACUGCACAAAGGCCAUCCGGGCAUCGAGAAGAUGAGACUCCUAGCGCGCCAGUCGGUUUACUGGCCAAACAUAAAUCGCCAGAUUGACGAAAGUGUCAGAUUGUGCAACCAAUGCCAGGAAAGGAUGCCUGAGCAGAGAAGGGAACCACUCCUUCCUCAUGAAAUCCCUAUCACACCUUGGACCAAAGUAGGCAUGGACCUGUUUGAGUUGAAUAUGGUUCAGUAUCUUCUUAUAGUCGAUUAUCACUCGAAAUUCCCAGUCGUACAGCGGUUGACUUCCACAACGAGUGCAAGUGUGGCGAAUGCUGUAACUGGCAUAUUUGGCCUUCUGGGAUCUCCUACAGAGAUUAUGUCAGACAAUGGUCCACAAUUCAUCGGUGCAGCUUUUCAGCAAAUGUGCAAGGAAUGGGGAAUUACGCAUCAGACCUCCUCACCAAGGUACCCCCAGUCAAACGGACAAAUAGAGCGUACGGUCCGAACAGUGAAAGAGAUCAUACGGAAAACACAGACAACUGGAGAAAGUACAGCAGCAGCUCUACUAAACCUACGAUGUACUCCAGUGGAUGCCCAUCUUCCAUCCCCAGCCGAAAUGAUGUUCGGCCGCCAAGUCCGAACACUACUUCCUGCUAACCUUGAUUCGAACACAACAUAUCAAGGACAAAAGAACCAGGAACGUUUGGAGCAGCGCAGGGGACGCAUGAAGACAGACUACGAUGCAGUUGGAAGCAAGCAAGAGCUCCAGCCACUCAGAGUAGGACAGAAAGUCCGCUUCCUGGACAAAGAAUCCCACACUUGGAUUCCAGCUGAGGUGACAAACUUAUGUAAUGAUCUACAGGCCAGGUCGUACAUAGUCACAACCCCAAAUGGCACGCGACUCAGAAGGAAUAGGGUACACUUGAGAGAUGUCCCACAAAUGCCUCGUCUGGCAGAGCCAACUAAAGAUGCGCGCCUAGCUAACACACCUACCCCAAUGAACAAAAAAAUUGCAGACGGACUUGACCAUGACCAGUCACUAGACCACCAGACAGGAUCCGGGACAGACCCUUACAGAACACGUUCUGGACGCAUUAGUAAUAAACCUGUCCGUUAUCGUUAA